AUGGUUCUCCCGGCGGAUAAAAUUCUGCUGCUAGCGAUAGCUAUUGGCGCCUUUAUGGGCAGCUCCCAGGGAGCUAAUAUUCUGGGCCUCUUCACUAACAUCAGUCCCUCGCACUUGAUCAUCCAAAUGUCCGCGGCCAAAGUUCUGGCCGAGAAUGGGCACAAUGUGACGGUGGUCACCGUGCUGAAGCCAGUGGUUAACCAUAAAAACAUAAGCGUUAUCCAAGUGCCGCUUAGUAGGGAAGAAGCCCAGCUAAUGAGCGAUAAGAUUGGAGUGAUGUCCAAGAACGACAAUAGCAACAUGGCUUUGUCCCUGCUCCGGAUGUCGGAACAAAUGGACUUCAUGAUCAGAAAGAAUGCCGAGACCCUGAUGAACGAUCGAGUGAGGGACCUGUACCUGAACCGUGGAAACAAGUUCGACCUGGUUAUCUCUGGAUACUUUAUAAACGAUUUCCAGCUCGGGUUCGCAAGGAAAGUGAACGCACCCGUCAUCGUAUUAGCCACAAUGCCUCCCAAUCAACUAUUGAACCCUCUGAUUGGUAAUCCACUGGAGGUUUCCUAUGCCGGAAUCACUAAUCCAUUAGAGGGCAGUAAUGCCGUAACCUUUCAACUGCGUUUAGCCAACUAUAUGCAAAGCGUCGUUUUCGGUGUGGUUUCUCAUCUUGCCGAGAGGCGUAAUCGAAAUUGGUACAAGAAAGUUUAUGGCAACGAUCCCAACAUGCCUGAGUACUCGGAAAUGCUGAAAAACACCUCGUUGGUUUUCUUCAGUUCGCACGCGGCCAGUGAAGGACCCAUUAGACCUAAUGUCCCUUCUGCCAUAGAAAUCGGUGGUAUUCAGAUUAAGGACAAGCCGGAUCCCCUACCCCAAAACAUUGCGGAGUUUCUGGGCAAUGCUACAAAUGGAGCUAUUCUCCUCUCCCUGGGUUCUAAUGUCCAGGGAAAGCAUCUUAACCCGGAAACAGUUGUCAAGAUGUUCAACGUCCUUUCAAAACUGAAAGAAAGGGUGAUUUGGAAGUGGGAGGACAAGGAGAACACGCCAGGGAAAUCAGCUAAUAUUCUCUACUCGAAGUGGCUUCCGCAGGACGAUAUCCUGGCCCACCCCACCAUCAAGCUAUUCAUCAACCACGCCGGAAAAGGUGGCAUUACUGAGUCCCAGUACCAUGGAAAGCCCAUGCUUUCGCUACCAGUCUUUGGUGACCAGCCACGCAACGCAAACGCCAUGGUCAAAAGCGGUUUUGGCCUCACCCUGAGCCUGCUCACUUUGGAGGAGCAGCCGUUUGAAGAGGCCAUCCUGGAGAUCUUGUCUAAUCCGCAGUAUGCAGAAAGGGUUAUGUCCUUUUCAACUCUCUACCGCGAUCGCCCGAUGACCGCUAGGCAAUCAUUCCUCUACUGGACUGAGUACGUCAUCCGGCACCAUGGAGCUGCCCAUCUUCAGAGUCCUGUGCUGCACAUGAACUUCAUAGCCGCCAAUAAUAUCGAUAUUUAUUUCCUGAUAUUUGUCAUACUAAUUUCCGUUUUGAUACUUAUUAAGUUUCUGGUUCAGUUUAUUUAUAGAAGGUUCAUCUCGAAGCCAAAGAAGGUAAAAACCAAUUGA